GAGAUUGAAACUGAAGACUUUCAUAUAAAUAUAAGGGGUGAUGUUAAAGAUAAGUUCCACACAAGUAAUUACCCUGAAGAAAACGUAUCAGGGAUUCCAACUGGAAAAAAUAAGAAGGUCGUGGGAAUGGUGGAAGAUGAAGCUGGUGGAAAGAUCAUUGAAAAGUUUGUCAGAUUGAGAGAAAGACUCUACAGCUACAAGAUUCUUGAGGGAAAAGAAGAGAAAAAGUGUAAAGGGAUUAAGAGGGCUGUAAUAGAAAAGAACAUAACUCACGAUGACUACAAGGAGUGCCUAUUCAGCGGAAACAUGCAAAAUGAGGAAGAUGAUCGUAAUUAGAUCACAUGGGCAUGAGGUAACCACUGAGAUCAUUAACAAGAUAGCUUUGAGCGCUAACGAUGAUCAGAGAAUAGUAAGAGAAGAUAGGAUAUCUACUUUUGCUCAUGGCCACUAUAGCUCCAUGGCACCACCUUCCAAGGAAAGUUCGAUUACAUCGUUCUCCCCUAUCCGACAUUCAUCCACGUCAAGACGUAUCAUAAAUUUGCAGAAAAUGAUAAGGACUUACUCAUCUCAACACCUCAGCAAGACCAGAUUGAUGAUUGGCUCAAGAUUAUUAGUUAUGUGUAUUAGGGAACAGAUACUUUGAUCAAUCUCGAUGAUCGCGCCGCUUCGAGAGAUGUGGUGCAAAGGACGAAUGAACUCGUGAAUUUGGCAUUCAGCGCAAGACGUAAAGAAAUCAGUGUUUGGGUCCUCACACAACAGAUGACAAGCAUCGUAAAACCAUUCAGAGAGAACACUGCUGCUUUAUUUCACCUCUACAUACCAUCUGCUAAAUAUAUGAAGAUCAUUUUCGAGGAUUACGCGGGUGAGUUGAUAAAUUAUAAAAAGAAAGAACUGAUGGCAAAGCUUAAGAGUGAGAAGUAUUCACAUCUCAUCUUCUCACUUCGCCAUCCCUUUUAAUCUUCAAAUUCCAUGAAAAUAUUUCUAUUUCCUAAAUAAAAUGGAGAUGACUAAUAAUAAAAAAGACGCUGUUAAAAAUGUUCGGAACAUCCUCGAGGUUGAACCAGUAGUACAUCGAGAGCAGCUCGCAGUUUUCGUUGCAAGUGGUAUAUCGAAGGAAAUGGUUGGUGUAUCUCUCCCCCAGGAUCAAGUCAAGAAGCUUACUGAACAAGAUGUGGAGAAGUACUUCAAGAGAUAUAAAGCUUCAUUGUCCUCAAAGACUUGCGAUGCAAUGGUAGAUACAUUUCUUCAGCUCUCAUGUAAAGCAUUGGCUCAUUUUCUCUCUGUUGAUGAAGGAAAACUUCUGAAACACUUGAAUAAUAACUUUAUGGUAAAGAGAGAACUCGGAAUGAUCACCAUUGGUUUGAGUCUGAAGUAUGGAAGGUACGUGGCAAUCGCAAGUGCUUCCCUUCUCGCUGCCAAAAAUAUUGUAGUACCCUUGGUAACUGAUAAGGAAAUAGAUAAUCUUUGUAAAGAGACUGAAUGA